GAAGGUUGGAACUCAAUAAUAAAUCCUCUUGGCUCUGAAAAUUUUUCGAAUUAAAAUAUUCAAGAUUUGAAAAGAAAUCUCGAUUCUCUAAACACAAAAGCCCUCUAAGCAUUCGGAUUCAGUCUCCAUGGCAAUGAAUAUAGAUUUGGUUUCCAUAACGACGACCUUUCUUGUUUUAUACCUUAGUUCGUUGGAUACUGGAAAUGGUGGAGUAAUACGUAGAGACGUACCUCCUAUAGCUUUACCUAUAAUGCUUCAGAAGCCAAAGAUAAAGCAAGCCCACAGCACCAACAUCACCAACAGCACCAAAAGCACCAACAGCGCCAAAAUCACCAACAGCGCCGACAGCGCCAACAGCACCAACAGCAUCACCACCACCAACAGCACCAACAGCGCUAACAGUGCCGACAGCACCAACAGCACCAACAGAACCAUCACUCAUGUCAAUGGCAAAAUAGCUGACAACGUAAAAGAUAAGAACUGUUCCAUAGAAGUCGUUGCAUUCAUCCCAUUGAACGGAGACACUAACAAAACAAACGUAUAUGAUACCACAAACACAGAACCCAAGAAAAUAGUCCACGACUCUUAUCCCAACCCUCCAGUUCCUACACCUCCAAGCCCUACUUUGAUUACCACGACGAAGCCGGCGGAAGUGACGUCAGAGCCGGAGACGAACGACGAUGGGACCAAGAAAUGGGGUUUUGAUGAUAAAUACUUAGCUUCACAGAACAAGUAUGCAACAAGACGUAAUGUUGUGUUUGAUGUCGUAGCUGGUGAUGCAAUGGCAUUUAGUAACUACAAUGUUCUGGGACAUCAGGAAGUUACUCUUCAACGUAAAAAGUAAACGGACUCACUAACAACAAGACAUGACUUGGAAAAAUCCCAAUAGUCCCUUUCACAGUUUCCUGCGCCAUCUUGAAAGAUAGCCGUGCCUUCGCAUCGAAGCGAAACGAACGGUGAACGAGACGAACGGUGAGCGAGACGAAGGAUGAGCGAGASAAACGGUAAGCUUGGAAUGAUAGAGAGGACAAUUAUUCACAUUUCUCUAUUAUUGCAAGUUCACCGUUCGCCUCGCUUCGAUGCAAAGGCACUGCUACCUUUCAAGAUGGCGCAGGGAAAGGUGAAGGGGACUAUUUGAGAAGGAUCUACGAAAUGAUCCAAGACAGUGUACAUAGUUUAUUAAUGAAAUUAUUGAAAGUGGUGAAAGGGAGCGGCUAAAGUAGUCGAUUAUUGGAGAAUGUACUAUGCAUGCUCAGAAGAUUGGCGGCAAAACAACGGCCGGAUGCAGUGACCACGCAUUACAAUAGUUGCAAAUCUGUGCUCCUUUUUUUGGCCAUAUUAAUUUACCUCGUUUAGAGAUAUCUGAACUCUCGAAACCUCAUGCAUACUUAGCUCAUAUGAUUUUGAAGAUGUCAUUACUUUCUUUUCUACGGGGAACCAAAGAUGGAUCAAUUUGGCUGAGAUUAUUUAAGAAAUUAUAUUGCUAGAUAUUUUAUGGAGUGAACUGUAAGUUUACUAGUUCUAAGGCGUACUUUUGAUCUAUAGUUACAUGCAAAUAUUUAUUUUUCUCGUUUAUUGUUGACAAAAAUUAAGAAUUAUAAAUGUGCGAAGUUUUUCAAUAAAGAUGUUGUUUGGAAA